GACGCACUUAGCCGCCGGAGGGGAUGAGAGAAUGGGACGUAGGCGUGGAGACCAGGAGCGAGGCGGGCGAGCAGCACUAGCGGGUGAGGAGAGAGAAGCAUGCUCAGCCUCAGUAGUCUGGCGGCAGUCGUAUGGGGAGGUUGCGUAGCGUCUCCUCCAGCGGGUUCUAGUGCCGUGCCUCCCUUUCUUCCCUCUGCACAAACUACUUUAAUUUCCACAGUCAAAUCGCUACUCCAGAAAAGAGUACCGUGUUGGGAAAAUGUAAGCGGGAACACAGAUACGCGGAAACUUCGACUGAAACUAAAUUUUGUGUGAUAAAUGAAAAAUUAUAAUGACUGUGGGUGUAAAACAAUCAAGAAAGAAGGCUGAUAUGAAUUAGAUGAAGUUUGACGCAUUAAAUUCCUUUUUUGAAGUGCUCAUCUCCCUGAUUGCAAACUUCCUCCAGGACCUUCUUGUUAACCAGUGAAUUUCGACCUACAUCCGACGCAACAAUUGGGACGCUGGUAAUACAAAUAAAAAUGAGAUAAUAAAUAUAUCCUCUAUCUUUUUACUGUUUAUGGAGAAUAUAACCUCAUCCACCUUCCUGCAACAAAGAAAAAGGAGGGUUCCCUGGAGCAUCCUAUAUACUCUUGCUCUACUGUAACCUGACGUAACCUGGGAAGCCUCGAGAGUUACCUGGAAGCAUGGAGGGUCUCUUUUCUGGACCUCGCACGCUCAUGUGGUCAGCUCUCCUGCUCGCUUUAGCUGCACAACUGUUUUUCCUACUGCUACCUGGAGCCACAGCGCUGCCACCAGUUAUAAGAAUCGGUGCUAUGUUCACGGCGGACCAGAGGGAGGGACCCACGGAGUUAGCCUUCAAGUACGCAGUGUAUCGAAUAAAUAAAGAUGCCACACUGCUGCCCAACACAACGCUCGUGUACGACAUCCAGUACGUGCCUCGCGACGACUCCUUCCACGCCUCCAAGAAAGCUUGCGAGCAGAUCUACUUCGGCGUGCAGGCGGUAUUCGGCCCGUCAGACCCAUUGCUCGGCUCACACAUCCAGUCCAUCUGCGACGCUCUCGACAUUCCCCACCUGGAGGCGCGCCUGGACUUGGAGCCUGAGUACAAGGAGUUCUCGAUCAACCUUUACCCGAGCCAUGAGGUGCUCAACCGCGCCUUCCAGGAUGUGAUGACCUUCCUUAACUGGACCGAAGUGGCCAUCAUCUACGAGGAGGAUCUGGGUCUCAUUAAGCUCCAAGAACUUGUCAAAUCUCCCCCGAGAGAACACAUGGAGUUCAUGAUCCGCCAAGGAACUCCAGAGAACUACCGUGACCUGCUGAAGGAGGUGAAGCAGAAGGAAAUUUACAAUGUUAUCGUCGACACAAAGCCAGAGAACAUGAACCACUUCUUGCGAGGGAUCCUGCAGCUGCAAAUGAACGACUUCAAGUACCACUACCUCUUCACCACAUUCGACAUAGAGACGUUUGACCUCGAGGAUUUCAAAUACAACUUCGUCAACAUGACCGCCUUCAGACUCGUGGACUCAGAGCACUACCGCGUCAGGAGGGUUCUCAAGGAUAUGGAGAAGUUUCAGCCCAUCGGUCACAACAUCCUCAAUCAGAGUCGAGUCAUUCAGGUGGAGCCAGCUCUCAUUUACGACAGCGUUCAUGUGUUCGCCUUGGGUUUACAAGCCCUGGAGCGCUCCACGACCCUGAAGGUGUCCAAUCUAUCCUGCGACCAUGAGCUGCCUUGGGGCGACGGCUCCUCGCUCUUCAACUACAUAAAUUCGGUGGAGUUUCGUGGCAUCACGGGCCCCAUCCAGUUCAAGGAAGGAAGGAGAACAAACUUCAAACUCGACAUUCUGAAGCUAAAGCAACACUCCCUGGUGAAGGUCGGCGAGUGGGGGCCAGGGUCAGGGGUCAACAUCACGGACAGAGCGGCCUUCUACGACCCGGGUACUAUGAACGUCACCCUUCUAGUAACAACGAACCUGGACAACCCCUUUAUGAUGAUGCGUCCGGGGAAGAACUUCACAGGCAACCAGCGCUUCUACGGGUUCUGUGUGGACCUUCUGCACGAGAUCUCCGUUCACGCAGGUUUCGACUACAUCCUUGAGAUCUCUCCUGAAGGCGUUUACGGCGCUCCGAAUCCCGUGACUGGGGAGUGGAACGGAAUCGUGAAACAGCUCAUGUCUGGGAAAGCCGACCUCGCCAUAGGUUCAAUGACAAUUAACUACGCCAGAGAGAACGUGAUCGAUUUUACCAAGCCCUUCAUGAACGUGGGAAUCGGCAUCUUAUUUAAGGUUCCUACAAGCCAGCAAACCAGACUCUUCUCCUUCAUGAACCCUCUGGCCAUUGAAAUUUGGCUCUACGUACUCGCUGCCUACGUUCUCGUCUCCAUCACAAUGUUCAUAGUGGCGCGGUUCUCCCCCUAUGAAUGGUACAACCCUCAUCCGUGCUCUCAAGAAAAUGACGUCGUGGAAAACCAGUUCUCCCUCUCCAAUAGCUUCUGGUUCACCAUUGGCACCCUCAUGCAGCAGGGGUCCGAUCUGAACCCUAAGGCGUGCUCAACUCGCAUCGUGGGCGGCAUCUGGUGGUUCUUUACCCUCAUCAUUAUUUCCUCCUACACCGCCAAUCUUGCCGCCUUCCUCACCGUGGAGAGAAUGAUCACGCCUAUAGACGACGUGGAGGACUUGGCGAGUCAGACUGAGAUUGCGUACGGCAUCCAAGCUUCUGGCUCCACCAUGACCUUCUUCCAGGACUCCAAGAUCGAGACGUACCAGAAAAUGUGGCGUUUCAUGGAGAACAAGAAGCCAAGUGUGUUUGUGCAGUCUUACGAUGAGGGGGUGAGGCGAGUGCUUGAGGGAAACUACGCCUUUCUUAUGGAGUCCUCAAUGCUCGAUUAUUACGUGCAAAGGAACUGUAACCUCACUCAGAUAGGUGGCCUGCUCGACUCCAAAAGCUAUGGUAUUGCGACGCCUAUGGGUUCUCCGUGGAGGGACAAAAUAUCACUGGCUAUUCUGGAGCUGCAAGAAAAGGGUGUUAUCCAAAUGCUGUAUAACCGGUGGUGGAAGAACACAGGAGACACGUGCAACAGAGAGGACAGCAACAAGGAGAACAAGGCAUCAGCGUUAGGUGUAGAUAACAUAGGUGGAGUGUUCGUGGUGCUGCUCUGUGGCCUUGCCUUCGCUGUGCUCAUCGCUAUUCUAGAGUUCUGCUGGAACGCCAAGAAGAACGCACAGAAUGACAGGGCCUGCAGUAUGCACAUAGGAGAGAGGCCGUUCAAAUCCCUGUGUGCCGAGAUGGCUGAGGAACUCUGCUUCGCUAUGCGCUGCCGCGGGUCCAGGCAGCGGCCCGCCCUCAAAAGACAGUGCACCCGCUGCGUUCCCGGUGUCACCUAUGUACCAGCAGGCCUUGAGGUGCCCCAGAUCAACGGUAACGGAGUAGGUGGAUCCGGUCUCUCGUGCGCAGGAGACUGGCAAGAUCGGAUCGAAGACUGACCUUCAGCCUCGAAGAAGCUCCCUCAAAGCGUCACUCCCGAGCUUGACACCUCCAACCUUCGACCUCAAGCUAUCAUCGGUCAGUCUCAGAACCUGAGUUCUGCCGAAGUAAAGCAGUCCACUACCCCCCGGCAGGAGAGGGAAUCAAACCAUCCGAGGCAGGGGGGCAGCAGAGGGAGUGGGGGCGUCGCCAAUCAGCCACAAAAAGGAGGAUGGAGCGCCAGCCCCAUUCAGGGUACACCGAAACCUAGUCCCAAACCGCGGGAGAAGGAGGAUCCCCAGCAUCAUCACCGCCAGGAGAAGGAGGAGUCUAUUGCCUACCUUUAUAACUUGCACCAUUCAGAGUGUCUGCUCAGCACCAUGUGCUGAACAGGUGAGAAGAAGGAAGAAGUGGUGGAAGAAGUAAACAGGAAGAAACAGGGCGACAAUAAAGAGAAGACAUGUUGGACAUGAAAAGGCAGUGUUAGUGAGUCGUUUGGUGGUGGUGACGUGAGGAAAGACAUCUACUUUAUGUGUUUGUGUGUGUGUGUGUGUGUGUGUGUGUGUGUGUGUGUGUUUGUGUGUGUGUGUGUGUGUGUGUGUGUGUGUGUGUGUGUGUUUGUGUGUGUGUGUGUGUGUGUGUGUGUGUGUGUGUGUGUUUAUGUGUGUAUAUCCUCAUGUAAUAUUUAUUAUAAAGAUGUUGUUGCUUGCUGAGUUCAUUCCGUGUGUCUCUGUGUGUGUGUGUGUGUGUGUGUGUGUGUGUGUGUGUGUGUGUGUGUGUGU